GAUGGUGACUGACGUCCAUUUGGCUGUUCUGUCCAAUGCUUUGGGAAUAGUACUCUUCCUUCUGGUGGUUCUUUUUCACUACGUCAACGCAAAUUAUUCCAAACAGUAAUGAAGUUCUUUCUGUUCGUGAUAUAUUUCUGUAAAAGUCCAUUAUUCAUAUGUAAAUAAAUGAUUUUUUUCACCUAAUUUUCCAUGCAUA